AUGUACAGUGGAGUGCACAGACGUAUCUUACGUGGUCAAACACGUCCGGGUAAAGCGGAACUGAAACAGUGUAAAUACGUUAUUGCUCAGUGGACACUUGGAAUGCUCAGGUCUGGAAUGCGUUCUGGAACAGUCGUCAACGGUAUCAACGACGCAUUAGGUAAGCGAAGAGUAUAGAUAUCUUCAAACAAAGUCAGACCAAUGGAAGAACAUUCUCUAUAGAGUUGAAUAGAUCUACUUGUCUGUCUUAUUUAUUGGAAUCAGAGAUGGGCAACUCCAACUCCGGAGUUGAGCUUCUUUUUAGUGGAGUUGGAGUUGAGUUGAAGUUUCGUUUUUAUUAGAUUAGAGUUGAGUUGAAUUCAGAUUUUUUCAACUCCAACUCCACAACUCCUGUUAAAAAUUUUUGCAACUCUGAAAAUUUUUUUUGUUUUUGUUACGUCACAUAAAAGCAAUAUUAACAUGUGUUCAACGUUUAUAUAUUCUGAAUAUGUUAAACUUAUGUGUAUAUAUGCUACCGAU